AUGUCUCGUCAAUACGAGCAAGCGUUAAUCUAUGAUAAUGUGUGGGACGACGUUGUUGGACAUUAUAUUUCACGUAUCUAUAAACAUUUGCCAGAGGAAGAGAAUGUGUUGAUCCAAUCCUGUUUGGAUGGCAACACUCCAAUCGAAGAAUAUCACAAGUACGUAACGCAGAAGAAGAGAGAGAGGCAACUGGCUGAGAUGGAGCUCGAUGGAUAUCAGUUUGAGAAUGACGAUGACAUACCGGCUACUCAGGUGGUAACUAACCUCGACGAUGAAUACGAUCUUGUUUCAGCAGAGGAAUCGGCAGACAAGUUAAGAGCUGCUUCAAAAAAGAGAAAUCUGUUGUCACCAACAUUCGAAGUGUUUAUCAAUGGCAAGAUUCUUCAUAGUUCAGACGAAUCUCUUUAUAAACGACUUAGAAAUCUAGAGGAUGAAAACAUGAGAUUGAUAAGAAUGUUCCCAAAUGGUGGAUUAUCAAUGAUGUCAAGAUUAUCAUAUAUACAAAAUAGUCAAGAAGAUAAUAACAAUAACAAUAUUAAUGAAAAUAAUAAUGAAAUUUUAAAUAAUAAGAAUAAUAAUAAUAAUACAAUAAUGAAUAUAGAGGAAUUAGAUACAACAGAUAGUUCAGCUUUAGUUAUUAAACCAACGACAACACCUCCUCAGAGUCAAUCAUCAACUCCAUUGAAACCAAUUAAAUUACUACCAUCACUCAAAUCACCUCCAAAAGCAUCUCCGCUGAGAUCAUCGUUGAACUCAUCGAUGAAUUCCUCCAAUCAGUCUUUGAAUUGGAGUCAGAGUAGUCAGAGUAGCAGUGGAAGUCAAAAGCUAGUGGUAUCACAUUUCGCUGGCUCUGGCAGUAUGAGUUCCGAGCUUCUCCCAACACCUGAACCCAAUCCUGACUACCAACAGAUUCAAUACUCUGGAUCGUCAUCGAUGAAGCCAGCCAAGGGUAAAUCACCAAACAAAAACAAAUGCUAUAGACCACAACUCAAUUCGAUUGGAUUCGCCACUUUGCUCACACUUGCAAUCAACUGCCCAAAGAUGUUUACUCAUCAAGAGUUGGUGUCGCGUGCACAGAAAUUCACACACAUCGAACUGAUCGACAAUGAGAACUGUGUUGUCACUAAUUUUAAUAAGUUACCAGAUGCCAUCAACAAAAUCAUUCAAGAGGAACCCAUAUUGGUUACAGUUAAGAAAGAAAUUUACAGUGCCACGCCAGCUGGCAGAGAGCACGGUAAACUUCUCCACCAGAUCUAUUUGGACAAGAAGAGAUUCAAUGAAAUCAAUAAUACUACUAUUGACUACAGCCAGAACAAGGUAAUGGUGGUCAUCGAUACUCGUGAACUCAAGGCAUCAAGCAUUAAGAGGCAUUUUGACGAGUGGAAGGUUCCAUACAUCGAAAGAAAGCUGAAUGCCGGUGAUUUUUGUUUUGUAAACACAGGUGUACACUCGGAGAAUCUCGAUAACUCACUCAUGUAUCCAUUUUUAAUCGAGAGAAAGACAUGGAGCGAUUUGUCUGCCAGCAUACAUGAUCAACGUUACGAAAAACAGAGAGCCAGAAUGAUGAGUUUGGAGAUUUUGAAACGACGGGGAUUAUUCUUUUUGAUCGAAGGACUCGAGAAAGCAUACAAGGGUAACGAUAUGCCUGAUCUUAAGAAAAAAGUAGAGGAAAUGGCAAACAAAGAGGAAUUUCAUGUAGUCACAACCAAUUCUCUGAUUCAUACCUCUAGGUACUUGGCAUCGUUUGCCAAGUUGCUCAGCGAAGAAUGGAGUGAAGCCACUGGAAUGAUGAAAUGUUCGUUGAUCAACGACGCUAGACCGAUCAAUCUUUGGCGACAGACAGCGGAAAUGGGAAUCAGAACAAACGUUAAGCGUUCGUAUGCCAUAAUGAAGGUAGACAGCUUCAAAGAGUACAUGGUCAACAAGAAAUACAGAGAUGACAUUGACUACGCCGUCAAACAAUCGAGAGAAACCGAUAAAGUCAUAAUAAUGGAGGAUCUAAUCGCACAUAAGAAAAAGAUCUCAUCUAUGUCAAACAAAAUGGUCGCAUCAUAUAUCGAUCAUAAACUAUUCCAAACGCAACUCAAACCCUAUUGGACCAAUCAAAACAUCAUCCUGGUGGACCAGGUGGAUGAAGAGUUUAUCGAUUACUAUCUACUUCAUAUGCACGUAAUACUCGGAGUAAAGGUUAUCCCCUACCCCAGCGAAAUAACAAAACAAAACACAGCUACUCUCAGAGAUCACGAUACUGUUUUAGAAGCUAGUUUUGAUCGUAAAGUCUAUCAAAUCAGUACACAAUAUGCCAUACCAAUAGAUGAUAACCUAACUCUGCCGGCACCUCUUCAAUCUCAACCAACAUUGAAACUACCGUCCACUCAAACAUCUCCAAAACAACCAACACUCGCAUUGACAAACUCACCAACACAGCUGACAUCCCCACCAAAACCAUCACCAACUCUACCAUCUCUUCCAACAAAACCAGCACUUUCACAAUCCCAAGCAUCUUCACAAUCAUCUAUUAAUCCUUCUCCUACAGACAUUAUGAUUAAAAAUAGACAAGCAGAAAUAAAGCCAAUCAAUCUGGAUGAUGAUGAUUAG